ACAUCGACGACUGGCUUUACUGAUCGUCAGUCUAUCUUUGCCAAGCAUGAUAAUCAGUUGUGUUUACGCGUACCGGUGUGAUUUGUUGAUUUACUAUUAAAGUUUUAUUUCUUGUUUAUCGAAUCAAUUCGCGUGUGUGUGUCUCUGUGUGUACUCUAUGUAAAGAAAUCAUUUUAUCUUCAUCGAUUUUAAGCUGCUUUUUUUCGUGACGCUUUUCAACUCGAUGAAUGGAUACAUUAACAAAUUGACAUCAUAUAUCGUUCGAUAAUCAUGAUAAUUACUUGAGCUUGAGAGAUGACCGCGCUCUUAAUGAAGAUAUCGCUGAUAACGAAUUAACCAACACCACAAUUCAUUUGAGUAAAAUACUACGGCUUGAUCCAUUUCAAUCGCCGUCGAAUUAAAAAGUGAAACAAAAUUGAAACAAAAAAAAAACAACAACAGCAACACAUUGAAUUUAUCAUUAAAUCUCAAGUGUGCGACAAACGGGAAAAACGAUUUAACAAAAUUACGUGAAAGAAAAACCUAAGCACAUUUAUCGGCAAUCGUCGUGUGCGUACAGCUCUUCGGUGUGAUCAUUGUGAACGUGAAAGAUUGAAAGCGAAGACAAUAAGAAAAAAGCACACACCAUUUAUGUAUACUGUGGAUGUGUGUUAAAAAGGUGAACGAGAAAGACUGCGUCGAAAGAGAUUAUUGAAUGUGCAACGAAGAUUGCAUUUUAAUAGCGCAAACAACAUCAACAUCACCAUCGUCGUUGUCAAUUCUCACAUCGAACGUAAUUAACUAUUAUCUUAUUGACGCGAUUUGAAGUUUUUGAUAAAUAUAUAAUAACGAUUAUUCAAAAAGAAGAAAAAGAAGAAAAAAAUUUCGAAUAAAGAAAAGUCAAUUUACUGAAGACACUUGUAGCGCUCCGUUGUACACAGAGAAUUGUGGUUUAAUACGUUCAAUCGUGCCGAGUGAGUGUGUGAUAGAGCUGAGAAAAUUAACAUGUAAAUUGUUGGAAAAACAGCGCAUUCGUGAACGCGAAGAGAAAAUAAAUCGAAAAUAGAAAAGGAAAAGUGUAUGAUUGCGAAUAUUUAUUGGUAAAUGCAAAGGAAGUGAGUGCAUUGAAUAAACAUAUAUAGCAAAAAAAAAAAACGAAAGAAAAAAACUUGUGAGAAAUCGCAAAAUCUCGAAGGGAAAACAAGAAAAAGCAAAAGAAGGCCGAAUAAAAAAAUGGAUAAAAUAAAAGUGAAAAUUGAAAAUAUAGAGAUGUCAAACACAGACGCUAUGCUAAAACCGACAUUGAGUUCCACCAAAUCGAUAGACGAAGGAUUCGAAAGUGAUCCAGACCGUGAUUUAUCAAACACGGAAUCAGAUUCGAAUCAUCAUCAUUUGCAACAGCAACAGCAACCAUCGUCGUCAUUGUCUGGCGUUGCUUCGAUGGUGGUUCAGUCAUCUCCAUCGUUUGAUGUUCUUCAAAGAACCGAUCGUGAUGGUGUACAACAUACACAAAUAACACGUCGACCGUUACAUGACUUUCCAGGUCAUAAAACAUUCGAAAGCGGUACGUCAUCUCUAUUGAGCGCAAACAUUGAAAAUCCACGGCGCAACAAAGAAUUGGAUAAGAAUCGCAUCGUUUAUACAACAAAUCCAAAAGUAUCAAUUCCACGUGCCAGUGGUGGUGGUGGUGCCACGGCCAAUCAUCAACGUAUGUUAACAACAAAUAGUUCAAUACAAUCAACACAAUUGGGACACUUAACACCGAAUCAUUUACAAUACAAUGGAACCCAUGGAACAACGUCAAUUGGCAAUAAUGCAUCAACAUCAACAAUCAUUGAUCAACAUAAUCAUCAUCGUCACCGUUUAACGGGCAAAUCAAUUGAAUCACAUGGCAAUUCACGUUUGGCCAAAUCAACCGAAUUGAUGUUACGUAGUGGUAAUAUUGGACGCGAACGCAUGAAUUUCACACCAGCUACAAUCAAUGAUAAUCUCUCACAAGUGGCACUCAUUAAUGGUAAAUUGAUUUGUGUGAAUAUGCCCGUUACACAAAUUAUUCCAGCUGUAUCGAUACCAUCCGCUGCUGCAUCGUCAUUGGCAAAUGGUUCACAUAAUCACAUCAUUCAUAAUUCCAAGCGACAUUUUUCAAAUAGCACGAACCCCAGUACGGGCAAUCAAGCGACGAAAAUUUGCAAUAAUCAUCAUCAUCAAAAGUACAUUAGUAACGGUCGCAAUAACAACAGCAUCAGCAUAAGUGGCGGCGGAGGAGGCAACGGUAAUGGCAACAACAACAACAACAUCAACGGAAUCGCGAAUGACGUGAAUUCAAUCGCUCAACAAGUGAAUAAUUCGAUUAUACAAAAUGCAAACAGCAGCAUUCAUACAUUUUAUCCAGCCGAAGGGAAUAUCAGUUUGAUACAAUCACAGUAUGGUCUCAAAUAUAAAUCAACACAUUUGAACCGAAUACAAGAGCAACCGGCACCGAUUUCACUCUGGUCACAGUCACUGGCACGCCAACCAAGAAGGUUGAUGUCAUCAUCAAACGAUCCACAGUCGAUAAUCGUGCAUCAUUCAAUGGCCAUUAAACCGCCAAGCAUUGGUUUGUCUCAGAAAAUCAAAGAGUUGGCUUCAUCAGCUGGUCUUCUGUCACUUUCAGCAUCUGGAUUGGCGUCGUUGUCGUCAUCAUCACCAUCUCCCCCAACAUCGUUUUCCAGUGCAAAUGCCAAAAUUAAAAUGCCAUUAAAACCUGUGAUCAAAACCAAAGGUUCACCAGUUCCCGUCGAUUAUCCGAAAAAAGUUACUUUUAGCGAUUUUGCAACCGUUCAAGUUGUUUGAACAAAUUAAAAGAAAAAAAAAAUGGAAUGCCAACCAAAAUAACCGAGAUAGAUAAACACAGCUAAAAUAAAAUCAAAGUUAUCAAAUACAAAUUGGAAAUUAUAGACAUCGCUAUAUAACCGAGGAUAUGAAGAAAAAAAACUGCAUUCUAAAAAUAACAUUAUCGUACAAAUUGCCUAGAAAAUUAUACGAUGUUAUUUACUCUCAGCUAUUUUAAUUGGCCAACAAAGUACGCAAAAAGAGAAUAGA